AUUGGUUCGCAGUACUGUCGCUCAGGUGUAGUUCCCACUUCCGCCUCCUUCUUCCCUUUCCUGUUUGGCUAGAGCUGCGAAAGGCGAGGGUGUCGGACUUCGUUUCUCGUUUUCAUCAUAUAGACAAAACAGCCCUGUGCAAAGAUGGUCAACGUACCUAAAACCCGAAGAACCUUCUGUAAGAAGUGUGGCAAGCAUCAGCCUCACAAAGUGACACAGUAUAAGAAGGGCAAGGAUUCUUUGUAUGCCCAGGGAAGGAGGCGCUAUGAUCGGAAGCAGAGUGGCUAUGGUGGGCAGACAAAGCCAAUUUUCCGGAAGAAGGCUAAGACCACAAAGAAGAUUGUGCUAAGGCUGGAAUGUGUUGAGCCUAACUGCAGAUCCAAGAGAAUGCUGGCCAUUAAGAGGUGCAAGCAUUUUGAACUGGGAGGAGAUAAGAAGAGAAAGGGCCAAGUGAUCCAGUUCUAAACUUUGGGAUAUUUUUCUUCUAAUUUUGAAGAGAAAAUGGUGAAGCCAUAGAAAAAUUACCUGAGGGAAAAUAAAUACAGUGAUAUUCUUACGCAAA